ACGGCGUUUAGACGCUACCUCACGUUAGCUUAACCACUUUGUAAAGUGGGUGUAAUUGAAGAUGGAUAGCUUCACGGUGGAUUCGGAGAUAAAAACUAGUGACGUGAGGCAGGGUACAGUCCUCCGGGCAGGUACCGACCCUGCCAUGACCCGUGACCUCAGAGUCUUGGACCACCUGCGGGCCCUGGAGGAAACAAGCCAGGUUUCCUCCUCCUUUUUUGGCAAAGUGCAGAAAGACAUCCAGCCGUACAUGAGGAGGUUACUCACUGUGUGGAUGUUCAGAGUGUGCGAGGAGCAGCUUUGUGAGGAGGAGGUGUUUCCACAAGCCGUGCGUUACCUGGAUUAUUACCUGAGCAAGUUUCCCAUUGAAAAACACAACCUACAGCUUUUAGGGGCAGUUUGCAUGUUUCUGGCCUCCAAGAUGAGAGAGACUGUCCCCCUGACCGCCAAAAGGCUUUCUGUCUAUACAGACAAUUCUAUUCCAGUCUCAGAUAUCAUGGAGUGGGAGGUGACCGUGGUGUCAAGGUUAGACUGGUGUCUGGCCUCUGUGGUGCCCUCUGACUUCCUGGAGCCAAUUCUUCACGCUCUCCCCUUUGUUCAACCCUCACACCUCCAUAACAUGCGCAGGCAUGUUCACGCUUAUGUCGCCCUGGCAGCCAUGGAUUGCAGGUUUUUAGUCUUCUUGCCUUCUACUGUUGCAUGUGCUUGUGUGUGCAUUGCCAUGCAGAAGCUAAAAGUAAUAGACACCACCAUCUCCUUAAAUUCAGUGAUGACGAUUUUGGCCAAUCUGUUGGCUGCUGAUGCGAGCACCAUCCUCCACUGCUAUGAGCUGCUGGGGAGUGUGUUGGAGUUCAGCCUGCCCUCAUGUUUCCAGGAUAACAUGGACAGGUCAAACGAACCAGGGAUCAGCUACACCCUUGCUGACAUCCAGGAUGUUGUCCUAAAGCCACCUCAGGAAAUCAAGCUAAAACGCUCCACCCUGCCAUAAAGAUUCAAACAAAUGAUCAAUUUAAAAAGACGAGAGAUUGAGUAAGAAGCUCAAAUAUUACUCCUCACAUUUUCUUACAUGGGUUUUACUUUGUGUUUUAAUACAGUUGCUGGUUUUGUUUUUUAUUGCUUAGAGCAGAUUUAAAAGCUAUUUAGAUUGUUCAUUAAUACUUGAGCUUUUUUUCUUUUUCUGGUACUUAAUUAGAAUUUAUUAUUUAUUGAAUUUCUCAAUGCACCACUGGCAGCUCUGACCAGUUUAAAGAUAUUUCUGCCUGUUUUUAACCAUACUGACUACAAAUCAAACCUGUUAACCAACAUACAAACAUGUAUAUAGGUCACAAACAACAUCAGCCAAACAUUUAGUUCUUUGA